GGCAAUAGCAAAGAUCGACCAGCGAAAGGGGAGACAAGACACACCAAUAAAAGAAUGAACAGCCAAGCGAGAAUUGGAACUUCUGCGCAGCGCAUCGGCGGAGCGUCUCGGGGCCCUUCCAACGUGGCGUCUUUCUUCCCUUAUUUCGCGGCGCUGAAGGCACAAAAAAAAAUAUUCCAAGAUGACAGAUGGAAUGCUCUCCUUGUCGUGGAACAACCACAAAGCAACCUUUUGUCACAUCCUCUCCACACUAAGAGAAAAGGAGAGAUACACAGAUGUCACAGUGGCAUGCGAAGGCAAAUUUUAUCCAGUACACAAGUUGGUUUUGUCAACUUGUAGUGAAUACUUUGAGAAGAUGUUUGACAACACACCUUGUAAACAUCCAGUCAUUGUAUUAAAAGAUGUGUUACCUGAUGAGUUGGAGGCUCUUUUAAGUUACAUGUAUGAUGGUGUUGUGAGUGUAGCACAGAAUGAUCUGGCAAGACUAAUAAAGGCUGCAGAAUUGUUGCGGAUCAAAGGUUUGGCCGUGCCUGAUGAACCCCCGAAGUCAGAAGGGAACCGGAGAAAAUCCACACAGUCUAGAAAUGCCUCAGACGACCGAAGCAGUCCACAUCCAAAGCGAAGAAAAGGCGAUGAGAGCAGCACCGCCUCCCAACGUAAUGCCCCAGCUCCAGCUUCUCCUCCCUCAUCCCCUCGAGUCUCACCUUUCCAAGGAGAUAAUGAACAGCAGCAACAAGGAAGCAGCAGAAUUCAGCAGGACAGUCACUGGAUGGAUCAGAGAGAUGACCCAAAGACAGACCACAUACAGGAAGACAGACUGGACAAUCACGCAUCUUCUCAAUCUCCGUCUCCUAAAGUACAGGUAUUAGUCGAUGAAACGCUAGUCAAAGAAGAAAUGGAAGAACCUCUUAGCACCAACCAAGAUGAUGGGAUGGAUUAUGGAUCUCUAGGAAGCGAUUCCAGAUUAGAGGGAUCGUGUGGUGGUGAAGGAGACGAUAAUGCUAGUCUGAUGAUACCUAACAAAUACGAACAAAAUGUUGCCACGUCCCAAGCACAGCCCCUUCCAGAGGCUGUGGUGGAGGCAUUAGCUGGACCCUCAGGGAUGCAGGGGUGGCUCGGAGGAUGUGAUGUCCCCAGUGGGUUUUCCGGCAUGGAAGGCUACAGUGGGGACGGUAGCCAGGAGGUCCACCAGCCCCCACAAGGUCCUGCAGGAGCACAAGCACAGCAAGCACACCAGAUGGUGGAGCGGGAGACUAACUCUUUCUGGACUGAAGGAGGAAGAACCACAGGAGAUUGGCAGGGUCUCCCUUCCACUAGCAAGGUGCAUCAGUGUCCGCACUGUGCCUACAGCACUAAUGACUCUCAUAAACUUAAGAGGCAUUCAUUGAAGCACACUGGAGAGAAACCAUUUUCUUGUCCUUACUGCUCGUAUGGAACUACAAGGAAGGAAUUUCUGAAGGAACAUAUAAAUAGACAUACGGGAGAAAAGCCUUUUGCAUGUCCUCAUUGCUCCUACAGUUCGUCCCAUAGGAAUAUCUUAAGGCGGCACAUACGUCGACAUGCAGAGGAACAAAGCCACUCAUGCAAACAGUGCCCAUAUCAAGCAUCUGAUGCCACAAGCCUGUCCUUUCACAUGAUGUGUCACAAACAAGAUGGAGACACAAAGUAGUGUAUUCAAUUAAGUGAGUUAUUAGUCUCAGUGGUUUAGGGAAUAUAUGCCCACUUCUCUUGUUCUAUGUAAUUGUUUGUAUAAUUGGAUUUUUAAGAUAUUACCACAAAGUACGAGGUGAACUUCAUCUUUAGUCCAAAAGUUAAAGAAAUGCCACUUACCUAUACUAAGCAAGGAAAAAAAUGUGGAUUUUGUAAAAAAAAAAUAAUAAUAAUAAUAAUAAUAAAUAAAUGAUAAUAAUAAUAAUGAUAAUGAAUUGUUUUUCUCUUUUGUACACUUAGUCUUCAAGAUUUUCCCCUUAUUCCAAAUUCACCUGUAAAUACUGGAAUCUUACAUCAAGGAGAGACGAUUUUGUCAUAAGCAGCUUUGAUGAUACUUAUUGUAGAAGAAUUAGAAUUCCUGUGAAUUAAAAAAAAAAAAUGACAGGUUAUGUUAUUUGUAUUUUCUUUUACUUAAAUUGUCCAAAGGAAAGGCCAUAGGAAGAAAACACUUGUAAUGUGCCUUCUUCAUGGUAAUGAAAGGGAAACACUUGAAACUAUAUAAUUAUGAUUAAUCAGAGUAAGUUAAGGGUGACUGCCUUAUUGAAGGGGCUAAGGGCUUGGAGAAUAUAUGAUGAGCUAGAACUCCUGAUUCAAAGGAUAACCCAUGCCCUGUGAUAUAUAAUUUUCAUUUUGUAUUGUUUUUCCUGAAAAUAAUAAUUGUGAUCCAUUUAUGUAAUCCACCUCAAAAAUCACUAAAUUAAUUUGAAAUAUAAUUAUACAUUUGAAAGACUAUAAAACCCUUAUGUAUUUUUUUUAUUUAUUUAUUCUUUUUUUUUAUUACUUGUCUUUCUGCUUUUUUCAAGCAUUUUAAUGAAUAGCUAUAUUUUUUUUAGUUUUUCUCAAUACAAUUUUUUUUUUGUAUUUUAAUUUUGAGGAGCCAAAACUAAAUGAAAGUUAGUAAAAGUUAAUUUAUGCAUAUACUUACUUAGAAUCUUAUAUAUAACACAAAGUGACUUAGAGCAUACAUUACCAGUGACACCUGGUAAAGAUAUCACCUUCCCCAUGUGAUGGUCCUGUUCAUCACCAUAUCAGAACAUGAGUUUAUUCAGAUGUUCAUUAAACAAGUAAGACCCAUGUGAGCCAUGCCAAAUCUGUACAUAUCCCUUGUGCUUGAUUAAAAAAAGAUUUCAAUGGAACUGUAUGAUAAAGAAUAAGAUACAG